GUCUAGGAUGGUGGUGUUCGGCGUUUCGCCGGCGUUGAAAUCUCCCCUUUUGUUGGUUGAAGCUCCAUCCACGUUGCUCGUGUUCCAUCCAUUACGAUGAUACAUCUCCUCAUUCUCUAUGCAGUGCUCAUCCCGAGUGGAUUGGACGAGUGAUUCGGAACUAUUAGGGCGAAUGGAACAUGUCCUGAAAAAAGAAGACGAGGAAGGAAGACAGAAAGAAAGCCGUUCGAGUAAAGUUCUAAAUCAGUGACUGGAACAAUGAUCCGUGUUCUGACUUGGAUCUUGUAUGUGGGGAUAGUGUCGGGGUUGAGCAAUCAGAACAUUCUUCGCUAUGACAACGAUGUCAACAUAGGCCUGUUGGCAAACCUGCAUCACGCUCAAGAGGAUAGCAAUGGGAACAUUGUUUGUGGCAAUAUCAACACCGACGUGAUCCAGCAGAUUUUGGCCGCCAAAUGGGCGGCAGAUGUCAUCAAUAACAAGUCCUUGCCGUAUGAACUCCAUUUGGGCCUCCAAUUGCACGAUACGUGCAAUUCGAACGAGAUCAUUGACAGACACCUCUAUCACCUAAUCACGGCAUCCAGAACCAUCGGGAAAAAAUCACCAACGGGAUUGAGUACAGGCCCUCCCUUAUUAGGACUCAUCUCAUUGGGCGAUCCGACAUCUCUUCGUGAAACUGCAGGAGCUUUGUUCGCUUUCAAUGUCCCUUUAGUGGCAGUUUCGUCCGUUCCUGGAACUCCCUUGAAUCAUGACAACCCAGUGGAUGGUCAGAGUGGAGCUCAAAGGCCAGGUUCGAAUCACCUGACGGAUGUCCUGGGCAAAUACGACAACCUCCUGACCACAGUGCCAGAUCGAGCGGAACAAGUUCGGGCCAUGAUUGCAUUGCUAAAACAGAUGAAAAUCUCGUCAGCCUCAUUGAUCUCUUCCAAUCACGAAGCUUCCAAGGUGUUUGUGGCGGAGGCCACUACGAUGAACAUUCGCAUUCCCAGAAUCCUGGAACUUGGACCAUUCCAAAGGGACAUGCCCAAACAAGUGGAGCAAUUUGUUCUCCAUCUCCACGAUGGUCAGCCGGCCAUUGCCCUUAUUGUGGAGGCAUCAGAAGCCGUUGCAAUCGCCGAACACUUGAAGCACGUUCCUUUAGGAGUCACACCCUUGUGGCUGAUCGCGUCUUUAGGCUUGGAUCUAACGAGAUUAGCACCCUUAAGGAAUGUCUUUCACGGGGGAAUCUUCAUCGAGCCUCAUAUGCCCGAGCUUUCUGAAUUCAAAAAAUACUUUAUCCAAUCCCUGCAGGAUCCUGAGCACAAUAUGCGGGAAUUGAUACUGGAAUACAAAGAGGAGAUGUUUGGGUGUGCUCGGAACCCAAAUGUAAUCUCCAACCACUUUCUGACACCUUGUAAUCAAGUUCCAGUCAAGGAAAUUGAACUUCGAUUUCAACAAGACCCACACGUGUCCUUUGUGGUCAAGGCUGUUUCGGCCUUGACAGCAGCCUUUCGUUUGGUUCAAUUGGAUCUAUGUGGAGAUGAACCGACGACGGCAUGUUUCAAAGAGAUCAAUCGAGAUCUACACAGCCAUAUCCUGAAGAACCUCCGCAAACUGAGUUUCUCGUCAAUGCUGCCUUACGGCAAAGCUCAAGCAAAGACUCAACAUCAUUUUGCUGGUAAUGGGAGACUCGUGGCCAAUCGUCAGCUUCUAUACAUCAUUGACAAAAAUUCUGGAAUAGAUGAUUUGGGAUGGUUCUCCGAGGAAGAUGGUCUCAGGCUUGCGUAUGGUUCGGAUACCUUGUUUGCCACGUCAACCCAACUUCCGAUCUCCUCUCCUUUCCUCAAAGAAGACGACCGCUCCACGUUUGCCCGUUCUAUAAACGACCAAGGCCUCCAGAUUCCAGCCUCAAAUCAGACCACCAUCUCCAAAGGCGAUCUCAGCUCCCUCGAAAUAGUCCCCUUUGAUGCCAUCAUGAGCCGUACUUGGGCGACCGUUGUGGCCGGGGCCGCUAUCGUGGGGUGUGCCCUUUCAUUCGUCAUGUUGGUGUACGUUCUUCAAAAGCUCUGUGACCGCACCUUGUACGGAAAUCAAACGAUGGGAGUGAUCCUCUUGCUGGGCGUCAUGGGGCUCUUUGUUAGUGUGAUUCCCUGGCUUUUCAUCCCGUCAACUCCCGUCUGCACAACGCGGCAUUGGAUGCAUCCACUGUUGUUUGUGAUAUGCUUCUCGAUUCUCUUGGUUAAAGCAAUGCAAUUGAAAACCCUGACGACUAUCGGAUAUGGGGGUUCGAUACCUCAAAUGAACCAACUCGUAUCUCUUUUCUUCAUGGUCAUGGUUCAAGUGGUCAUUCAAUUGGAAUGGCACUACUCAUCCAGACCAGUUGGAAUCAUCUCGGAAAAUGGUGUGCUAGUUUGUGACGUGUCCAGUUUUCGGUUUGGGUUACUCCAUAUAUAUUCAGGUGUUUUGAUCGUCUUGUCCUUUGUAUAUGGAGUGUCAGUUGUAAAUUAG